AUGGCCAGGGAAAGAUCAUACGACAUUGCCAUCAUCGGCGGGGGUCCAAUUGGCCUCUCUACUGCCCACGAGGCCGCCAAAGCCGGCCAGUCAGUCGUCGUUCUAGAGCAGUACUACUUCUUCAACCAGGCGGGUAGCUCUGGCAAUCUCCCACGCAUGUUCCGAACGAUGUACACAGAAGACUUCAUGGCCGAUCUAGCGCACGAGUGUAUGGGCUUAUGGGACAAUCUUGAAACGGAGGCUGGGAAGAAGCUGCGCUGGAUGGCGGGAUUGUUAAAUUUCGGGAACCCGGAUUAUAAUGAGAGAGGGCCAGAGGGCACCCUCCUCGGCCCUAUUAAGAACUUGAAACGGCUAGGGAUGAAGUAUACAGUAUACACCAAAUCCGACAUCGAGAAAUCCUACCCCUUCACCAACCUCCCGGACAACUACAUAGGGAUCUAUGCGCCUGACAACGGAGUUAUCAACAUCCCUCUUCUAUUGCGAACCCUGCACCGCCUCGCAAGACAGAAUGGCGCACAUAUGCAUGGAAACACGCGUGCUGAGAAACUACAACCUCACGAAAAAGGACAAGGCUGGAGGAUAUCUGCUGUCCAGCAAGGGCGACGGAUCACAUAUCAUGCGAAGAAGAUCGUCUUGGCUUGUGGAGCAUAUAUCAACCACAUUCUACGUGCAAGCUUUGGAAUCCAGUUGAGACUCCAGAUCUGGGAAAUGGCAGGGAGUUAUUUCAGCGUUGAUCCUGGGGGUGGAAAUGAUCAGGGGACCGAGAUUCCAAUCAUGUGGUUCCACUUCCAAAACCACCUACCCACCGGCCACUCUCAACUCUUCUACGGAUACCCCGUUCUACCCUGGGGACCGCCCGAUCUAGCACGCAUAACAGUCGACACAGCGACACAACAAAUCGCCGAUCCAGACGAGCGGAAUGAAUGUGUCACCAGCGAUGAAGAUAUUGCUAAUACCCGGCGCUUUGUGCAGCGGUUUAUGAAGGGUAUUAAUCCCUCUAUUCCUGUGUUCGAAUCGGUCUGUUUGCAGGGUAAUGUUUUUGAUAACAUGUUCGUCCUCGACCAUCUCCCCACCCAAUACCUCCAAGGUGGAGAUCCAGGCUUUGUGGUGUUGUUCACAGCCGGCUGGGCAAUGAAAUUUGUUCCAUUGAUUGGUCGUGCUCUAAAGGAGCUGUCUGUGGAGGGGAGGUCGAAGUAUGCGAGGGCUGAGUUUGCGAUUACCAGAGAGGAUGCGAGUGGAAAGGGUUUGAUUGAGGAGAUUUAA